GCUUCCUCGAGCUGGAGCACACGACAAAGUUUCUUCUCAGAGAGGUGGAGGGCAGAGAGUCCCCGUCUGGUGAACACUGCUGCGGCACAAGAAAAUGUGGCAACACGCAUCUGCCAACAGUGUGGGAGCAAUCCAGCUGCUGUCCGGUGUGGUGACUGUCGACCACGCCCCUUCUACUGUGCUGAAUGUGAUGUCAGCAUGCACACCAGACAUGUUCUCCAUAACCGAGAUGCCAUGACACCUGGGUUCUACCAGCCACUGCCUCCAACAACUUUUGUUGUAGAUAAGGCUCUUUCCCAUUGUGAUUCCUGACAAAAUUUGUGGUUGUUCAUCAGAGUCAUUGAGGCUCAGCCCAGGGAAGACUGUUGCUGUGAUCACAAUGAAUGGACGAUAUGAUCUAAGCAUGCCUGAGUUGAAUUGUGAGGCAUGCCAAGACACUUGGGCUGCUGGAGUGGUCGACCUAAAUCGAAGUGACUACUGGCCAGCGACCCUUCACUUUGCCACAAUUUAUGCCACAGAUGUCUUUUUCUCAUUUGAAGAAAUGAAGAUGGCAGAACCAGGACUGUCCUGCCAAGCAUUUGUAAGAAUACUGGAUCAGCGAACUGUCCGCUUUGGUCGUACUGGCAAGAUCUCCACAGACAGUUUUCAGAAAAGUUUUUUUGAGUGGGAGGCUCUGCGAUAUGAGGUGGACAAAAUCUGCAAGGAAGAGCCCUUCAUCUGUCCUGCACGCACCCCAGAUAUGCUGGCAGUUUCAGUAGAUGGAAACCGCAAGCAUUACCGUUUUAAGAAUGCAGCUAGAUCUGAAGAACAGGCCAUCUUUAAAGACGUCUUUAUAGCUAAGGAUGAAGAUGUGACAAGAUUUGUGGACUACAUUCACAAGACAUCCAAACAUGUCAGUGGAAGAGGUGUUUGUGGAGGGGAGUGGUCAGCAGCCAGAGAGACCUCCCAAAGAUCAGCAAGCAAGGUAGACGAGGAGGAUUGGAGCUUGCGGUGUGUCGACACGGAGUGCUGCUCUGUGCUUUAAAUAUGUACAGGGGUGAAAUUUUUGCCUAUCCCCUGUACCUGCAAGAAAAUCUGGCCAGUAGGCAAAUCACUUUUUUUUGUAUGGAUGUGACCUGAAAAUAUUGGUCCUACCUCCAAAGAGUUGCAAAAAGCUGCCCAGAGCUCCAGCACCUUCUUAACAUGAAGCCCUUCCUUUCAGUCUUCCAUGCCAAAGCCCAUGAUUUUAAAAGCGAGGUGAAAUGGAGUGGGGCAUAUCAGGAUGGGGCUGGUUUAACACUAGGGGAGGAGGUGGAACAGUGCAAUGCUUUCCUGUCUAGGAUUGCGGUGACCACAAAACACAUGUCCAAACCAGGACGCACAGACAUGCUGACUCUCAUGGCCAUGCGCUGGAAUCAGCAAAAGUUCAACAAUUUGGCCACCGCACUGACCCGCCGUUAUCAGAAGGUAAUAACAGUAGAAUUUGUUUUAGAUGUUCAUUAAUGUAUGUUAUUAGUGUUUGAAGCUGUGCAGUGAACAUUUGGUUCUUGUUUUUGUGCUAUCUGUGAUUGCUUGUCAUUGCAGACCACAAAAGCUCUGCAAAGUCAGUUGUGUAGAACCUGGUCGAAAAGAACGCACACACAUGUGUAACUUAAGUCACAUUCCACUGGAAACUAAUCUAACUUCAUCAGCUCGUAAAAGUUACAAAUGACCAACCCAACGCCCAGGUAUCUGACUAAGUUUCCUGUCUGUUCUCCUUAUCAUCUCAUGAAGCUGGGAGGAGAACAUCUGGCCAUUCUUUGAAGCACAGGAUUUUCAAUGUUGGUCUUGACCAGUUUACCAUAAAUAAAGUCAAAUAAACAGACAGUACAAAGCACGUGGGAUCUGGAUAUGUUCCAGCUCAGGCCCUCCCUAAAUCCCGACUGCUUUUUGACCAUAAUUCAAUGAUGGUAUCAACAAGGAAAGACAGAUAUAUGUUAACCAGACUUGAACAAACCUACAGCACAGACAUCCUGGUGACCCCAGAGCAAACCCCCUUUUCCAAGUUGCAUUCCAAGACGAUGCCGCCUCUUUUGCUCGGACAACAAAGAAACUCUAGUCACACAGAGUUUCUUUCAAAAGCACAAUUUGGAAAAGACUGCUGCUAUUAAAAGCAAUAUAUCUAAGAGACAAUACAUAUACGAAUGUGGUAUUUUAUGUUUCAUAUAUCUGACUGUAGGUAUCAGAAUUUAGGAUAUUUUUAAUCUAUGACUUAACUCGUUUAGUAGAUAAAAUUAUAGGUAUUCAAUAUAAGUAUCUCAUGUUUGAUAUUAAAUUACACGUUAUGCUGAGUCCAGUACAUUGAAAUAGAUGAAUGUUGACUUUUAGCAUCACAAGGUAUGAUUAUAACACUUUGUAGAAAUCUGCUAGGAUAUUGUGGCUCAGGUGACAUAUUUAUGAGCAGAUAAUGUAUGCACGAAAUAUUAGUCCUGUUGGGCGGGGCUCCGCCCUACAGAGACAAUGUGAUUGGGUCAGACAGUGACUAGGAUGGACUUAAUUCUGUCCGAUAAAAACAGACACCCCAACUUUGAACUAAAAAGCUCAGAACAAAGAACGGGGUGAAACAACUGGUGCAACUGCAAGAAACGUGGCUGAAAGUCUGGGCGUUGCCCCUCGAUCGUGCUGUGAAACAUCUGGCUGAUCAUCAAAAGACUUCGACACCUGGCCACGUCUGACCAAAGAAACACUUGCAAAGCUGCUGCGUAAAAGAACUUCAAACUCGCUAUUCGCGCGCUACCAGGAAGCCAUCAAAUCCAAAGGAGGAAUCCCGAGUGACGUCACGCGACAACAAAACGUCAGCAGGAAAGGUCCUGGGUUUCC